AUGGCCCCAAAACGUAAAACUGUCUCCAAAACAAGUUGUUCAAAAACCAACAAUCAACAACAUCGUUUUAGUCAACGAGUUAUUGCGAUGGCAAAAGAUGGCACAAAUAAAUCUAUUUCAUCAACACAACAAAAAAAACAAUCUCGAUCAGCACGACAAAAAAAAAAGUAUCAACAGAAUGAAAAUGAAUUUAAUGAUAUUGAAGAAGAAAAUCCAAAAUCAAUGAACAUCGAUUUUAGUGAUGUUGAUUCGGAUAAUCAAGAAUUAUCCACUUCUAAUUCUUGCUCAAAUACAAGUAUUGCUGGUGAUCAAGUUAAACCAUCAUCAAAUGUUGAAUUUGAUAUUGCCGAUGAUGAUGAUUCCAACGAGUUUCAAGCAAUGUUUAUGUCUAAUGGAUCGUUAUCCAAAAGUCGUUCAAAUUGUAGUUCAACACCAUUAGUUCGAUCCGUACAAAAUAAACUAUCUGCCGUUCGUGCAACAACCGAGCCUGCUUCAUCAAAUCAAAUGAAAAAACAAACUCGUGAUCCAUUAUCAACAAUUGCCAUUGGUCAUCAAUCAACAAUGUCAAAUAUAAACAUGCGAAAUGUUAAUACACCUACAAAUCCACGUAUUAGUACAAGUUCAUCACCAGCAACACAACCAUCAGUUGGAAAUCAAUCUUUAUCAAGUAUUAAUUAUACAACAAACAAUACGGCUCUGUUGGAAACAUUUGUUGAAUAUCGAACAUUACGACGUGAUCUACAACGUGCAUUACAACAGAACGAAGUUUGGAAAUCUGAUUAUCGAGCAUUGACACGUCAAAUGGAAAGACUUCAAAACAAUUCAUUUCCCCGUCCAAAUGCUGAUGGUCGAGCUUUUUUGGAACAGCUGUUGGAAUCAUUAAGAGCCAGUGAACAAAUUGCAGAUAAUCGUACACCAAGUGAAAUAGCUAAUGCUAUUGGCAUACCAGAAAUAGCCCUGUUAUCAUCUUCGAAUAUUGAUCCACAAAAAACUGCUUUGAAUGUGUUUAAUCAUAUUUUCUCCAGCAACCAAGAAAAAGAAUCAUUGAUUAAUGUUGCUAAUUUAAAUGUGAAGUAUCCAAAUUUAUUAAACAAUAUACUGGUAUGGUCGAAGAGAUGUACACCCGGUUGUGCUUAUACUAUGUCUAUGUUAAAAGAUGCUAUUGGGAAUUCGAUUCGAUGUGCUCGACACAAAUUGAAGACAGAACAGGCUCGGUUGGCUGUCGUAGUAGCCGGCAAUCAAUUUGAAGCAAUUCAUGUGAAUGAUCAUGAUGUAGAAAUAAUGUCACAAGAUGAUGAUUAA